AUCAGUGGUGGGAAAUCAGAGAACUGAAGAAAAGGUUUCACGUUUUAAAAAAUUACCAAAUGGUGAAAAUGAGACAAUGAUUCCUGUAUUGACAUCAAAAAAAGCAAGUGAAUUACCAGUCAAUGAAGUUGUAAGCAUUCUUCAAGCAGAUCUUCAGAAUGGUCUGAACAAAUGUGAAGUAUGUCACCGGCGAGCAUUCCAUGGAUGGAAUGAGUUUGAUAUCAGUGAAGAUGAGCCACUGUGGAAAAAGUAUAUUUCUCAGUUUAAAAAUCCCCUAAUAAUGCUGCUCCUGGCAUCCGCAGUCAUCAGCGUGUUGAUGCACCAGUUUGAUGAUGCCGUCAGUAUCACUGUGGCAAUACUUAUUGUUGUUACUGUUGCCUUUGUUCAGGAGUAUCGUUCUGAAAAAUCACUUGAAGAACUGAGUAAACUUGUACCACCAGAAUGUCACUGUGUUCGAGAAGGGAGGUUGGAACAUACACUUGCACGAGACCUGGUUCCAGGGGAUACAGUUUGUUUAUCUGUGGGAGACAGAGUCCCUGCUGACCUUCGCUUAUUUGAGGCGGUGGAUCUUUCAAUCGAUGAGUCCAGUCUGACUGGAGAGACAACCCCUUGUUCUAAACUGACGACACCUCAGCCCGCGGCCACCAACGGCGAUCUGACCUCACGGAGCAAUAUUGCCUUCAUGGGGACGUUGGUCAGGUGUGGCAAGGCAAAGGGGAUCGUCAUCGGGACAGGAGAGAACUCUGAGUUUGGCGAGGUGUUCAAGAUGAUGCAGGCAGAGGAGGCUCCGAAGACACCACUGCAGAAGAGUAUGGAUCUUUUAGGAAAACAACUUUCUUUUUAUUCCUUUGGUAUAAUAGGUAUUAUCAUGCUGGUUGGCUGGUUACAAGGAAAACAUAUCCUGGAUAUGUUUACUAUUGGCGUGAGUCUGGCUGUCGCUGCCAUUCCUGAAGGCCUUCCCAUUGUGGUCACUGUGACUUUGGCUCUUGGGGUGAUGAGGAUGGUGAAGAAGAGGGCUAUUGUCAAAAAGCUGCCCAUCGUUGAAACUUUAGGCUGCUGUAAUGUGAUUUGUUCGGAUAAAACUGGAACCCUUACCAAGAAUGAAAUGACCGUGACUCACAUCUUUACCUCGGAUGGGCAGCGUGCAGAGGUUACUGGAGUAGGCUAUAAUCAGUUUGGUGAAGUAAUACUUGAUGGAGACGUUAUUCAUGGAUUCUAUCACCCAUCCAUUAGUAGAAUUGUUGAGGUGGGCUGUGUGUGCAACGAUGCUGUAAUUAGGAACAACACUUUAAUGGGAAAGCCUACAGAAGGAGCCUUAAUUGCUCUUGCAAUGAAGAUGGGUCUUGAUGGACUUCAGCAGGACUAUAUAAGGAAAACAGAAUAUCCCUUUAGUUCUGAGCAAAAAUGGAUGGCCGUCAAGUGUGUUCACAGAACACAACAGGACAACCCAGAAAUUUGUUUUAUGAAAGGUGCUUAUGAACACGUGAUUAGAUACUGCACCACGUACAACAGCAAAGGACAGACCUUGACCCUGACUCAGCAGCAGAAAGAUGUGUAUCAGCAGGAGAAGUCCAGCAUGGGCUCUGCAGGACUGAGAGUUCUGGCCUUGGCUUCUGGCCCUGACUUGGGACAACUGACAUUUCUGGGCCUGGUGGGAAUUAUCGAUCCUCCUAGAACUGGCGUGAAAGAAGCCGUUACCACGCUCAUUGCCUCUGGAGUGUCCAUAAAGAUGGUGACUGGAGAUUCCCAGGAGACUGCAAUCGCCAUUGCCAGUCGCUUGGGGUUGUAUUCCAAAAAUUCCCAGUCAGUUUCAGGAGAAGAAAUUGAUACAAUGGAUGUGCAGCAGCUUUCACAGAUAGCACCAAAGGUUGCAGUUUUCUAUAGAGCCAGUCCGAGGCAUAAGCUGAAAAUUAUCAAGUCCCUCCAGAAUAAUGGCUCAGUUGUAGCUAUGACUGGAGAUGGAGUGAAUGAUGCUGUCGCCUUGAAGGCUGCAGAUAUUGGGGUAGCAAUGGGACAGACUGGAACCGAUGUUUGUAAAGAAGCAGCUGAUAUGAUCCUAGUGGAUGAUGAUUUUCAAACAAUAAUGUCUGCAAUUGAAGAGGGUAAAGGGAUUUACAAUAACAUUAAAAAUUUUGUUAGAUUCCAGUUGAGCACGAGCAUUGCUGCACUAACUUUAAUCUCAUUGGCUACAUUAAUGAACUUUCCCAAUCCUCUCAAUGCCAUGCAGAUUUUGUGGAUCAAUAUUAUUAUGGAUGGACCUCCAGCUCAGAGCCUCGGAGUAGAACCUGUGGAUAAAGAUGUGAUUCGUCAACCACCAAGAAACUGGAAGGACAGCAUUUUGACCAAAAAUUUGAUUGUUAAAAUACUAGUUUCCUCCAUAAUCAUUGUGUGUGGAACUUUAUUUGUCUUCUGGAGGGAGCUACGGGACAAUGUGAUAACACCUCGAGACACAACAAUGACAUUUACUUGCUUUGUAUUUUUUGACAUGUUCAAUGCUCUCAGUUCCAGAUCACAGACCAAGUCUGUGUUUGAAACUGGCCUCUGCAGUAAUAAAAUGUUCUGUUAUGCGGUCCUCGGGUCCAUCAUGGGGCAGCUGCUUGUUAUUUAUUUCCCCCCACUUCAGAAAGUUUUUCAGACGGAGAGCCUCAGCAUACUAGACUUGCUCUUCCUGCUGGGCCUCACGUCGUCCGUGUGCGUAGUGUCCGAAGUCAUCAAGAAGGUGGAGAGGAGGAGGGAGCGGAGCCAGAAGCACGGCCCGGCCUCCUCAGCCUCAUCCUCGGCCUCCUCGUUCCUGGACGUGUGAUGCGUCGCCGCCGAGCCAAGGGCAGCAGUGGAGCUCAAGGACUCGCGGAGGGCUCAGGGACCGGAAGGGCGCUCGACGCGCCGGAUGGCGGCAGCAUUGAGACGUCACCCUGCUGGGAGUCACCUACGAAUUAUGCAACUUGGAUAGAAUCGUCCUUGAUUUAAUUGGCUUUUGAGAUGGGAACGUUGUGAAGUACUUGGGAGGUGAAUGAGAGGAGGAGGAGGAGGAAGAGGAG